AUGGCGAUGUGGGUGCUACGGGUUUCUGGUGUGCUGGGGGUUUCAUGUGAGGGUUUGGGAGAGAAGGGUGUGAGUGAAAAUGAAAAGGGCAGUGGAGAGAUUGGUAAUUUGAAAGCUAAAAUGGGUGUUGUUGAUAGCCAUGGGAACAUGGCUUUGGGAGCAAAUGAAGGUUCUUGUAGCAAUUCGCUGGAGAAAGGAGAUGGAAACGUGGGAGAUGCUUCAGGCGGGGUCCAUCGUCAACACAACUUGAGGAGAAAAUCGCAGCUGAACCUUAUUCCCAAAAUCAGAGGAAUAAGGUUGGUUGUCUUGGAUUGGUUUCUUCUUGAUUCUGACAGUGAGUAA